GAAAGGAAACCACCCACCAUCAUCAAAGAUGAAAAAAAUUAUAUCUCACGGGCUAAACAGUACUUUCAGCAUUGCCACUGGAGCAGUAAAAAUUGUCUUGAAUGAAAAUAUAAUUUCAAUUCACUGGCAUUUGCUCUUGUUUUUGUGAAAUAUUAGGACACAAUCCUGUUUAAUGACAUGGGUAUGACACAGGUAUUACAAGGAGAGGGUGACUUAUGAGGACAUAACCCAUGUCCCCAUUUUUCAAAACGCUUAUAAAUCAUACAGAAUGAGUUUUUUUGAGAAAGUAAAAAUGCACAAUUUUUCAUGUGAGGGUUAGGGUUGGUGAAGGGUGAUAGAAUAUACAGUUUGUACAGUAUAAAAACCAUUACACCUAUGGGAUGUCCCCACUUUUCACAAAAACAAACGUUUGUGUGUGUGGCCGCAAUGAGUUGAUGAAAGUUUUUAUGGUAAUGUGAAACCCUUUACGCUUUACUGGAAACAAAUGUGAAAAUGUUUUGCAGAAUUAGGCUAAAAGAGCUUAGUGGUCGUCUUUCAUGCAGAACUAAUAGAUUAACCGUUAGACUCAAAGACCAUUUAGUCUUAUUUUAAUCUCAAAAAGGGAUUGUUGUUAUGACUUAGACUUGAAGUGUAACCCCAAUAAAAACGCUAAAUGCUUUUUUUUUUUUUUUUUGAAUGUCAGAUAUCCAUUUGAUUAGGUUGUACGUAGGUCAUACUAUGCAGACCUUCUAAAAUAUGCAUAUUCUUAACCAAGAAUGAUAAUAUGCACACCCCAACAACUGAGAAUUCAAUGCUGUGAUGAUAGAGAACAUGUCAAACAUCAGCAUUUUAUUGUCUAGUCGAAUCAAAUUGAAAAUGUUUUACUUGUUUUGUGAGUAAAUCCAGGGCCCUGUAUUUAGUUUUGUCCCCGUGCUAAUGUUCAUUUACAGGUUACAUGAUAACGUAGUAGUUUUCAAAACAAGGUGGUAUCAAACAUCUAACAGCAGCAUUUGACAUGACUAACUGUGAAAUUCAUUCAAAUAAAGUUACUUGAAGAAUUAUGGGCAAUUAAAUUGCAGCUAAAUUGUCUUUUUUGCCAUAAAUGGCUGACCACUCUUCCAGGUGUGUAUUCACAGUGUGUGUUCACUGCUGUGUGUGUGCACUCUGGAUGGGUUAUAUGCAGAGCACGAAUUCUGAGUAUGGGGCACCAUACUUUGCUGUAUGUCACAUCACACUCACGCACACACUUUUAAGAUGAAAGCUACUAUAUUUAAACUGUGUGAAAAUACACAGGAAACUGAGGGGGAAGGAAAAAGAGGAAGAGAGAGAGAGAGUGAGAGAGAGAGAGAGAGAGAGAGAGAUGGGCAUUGAAUUGUGCCAUUUGGAAGUUCUAAUAGUCCUUUUUUAAAAUGAAAAUGAUUAGCACAACAACUUUAUUCUCUCUGGGUCUCUUGAUCUUGACUGGUGAUACUGGGGAUAAAGAUGUAAUGAAGUCAGUGUCAGUGACUGAAGGAGAUUCUGUCUCUCUAAACUCUGAUGUUAAAGUACAGAGUGAUGAUCUGAUGAUUUGGAUUUUUGGACCUGAAAAUAUUCGAAUAGCUAAAAUUAAUAAGAAGGUCAUUAAUAUGUUUGACAGUAAUGUGAAAUUUGGAGACAGACUCCAGGUGGACAGUCAAACUGGAUCUCUGACCAUCAGAAACAUCAGAACUGAACACUCUGGACUUUAUAAACUAUCCAUCUUCAGCACCAGAGGAACUUCAUACAAGAAUUUCAAUGUUACAGUCUAUGCUCGUCUUCCUGUUCCUGUCAUCACCAGAGACUCUUCACAGUGUUCUUCAGGGUCAUCAGGUCAGAAUUGUUCACUGCUGUGUUCAGUGGUGAAUGUGAGUGCUGUGACUCUCUCCUGGUACAAAGGAAACAGUUUAUUGUCCAGCAUCAGUGUGUCUGAUCUCAGCAUCAGUCUCUCUCUUCCUCUGGAGGUGGAAUAUCAGGAGAACAACAUCUACAGCUGUGUGAUCAACAAUCCCAUCACAAACCAGACCACACAUCUGGACGUCACUCAGCUCUGUCAGCCAUGUGAAGAGUGGUUUCUUCUAAAUAAAGUUCUUGCUGCAUCUGUGUCUGCUGUAGCUCUGGUUGUAGCUCUCGUGAGUGUGAUGUACUUCCUCUACAGGAAAAGCAGAAGAGCGGCACAAAAAAGAAAUGGUAAUACAGUGGAAACAGUCCAGACAGAAGAUGAAGAGGUACAAUAUGCUGAAACUGGAUAUUUCAGACAAAAUGAUCAGAAAAAGAAAGCUAACGGGACAGAUGACACAGUAUACUCCAGGAUUGUCAUGCGACACUGAUCAAACUGUUGCAUUUAUGUUGUCUGUAUUCAUCUACUAACCAGGCAUUCGAUUAGAGGAGAGGAAGAUGAAGAACUCAAACCCCUGUGUUUUAUGAAAGUCUUAAAUCAUUCAGGAAGCAGAAGCAUGAACUUGGUUUGAGGACGUCCCCUGGUGGUAGAAAUAUGUCUAGGUUUUCUCUUGCACUGAGAUCUCAUGUCACAUAAUGCUAUACAUUAAUAUUAU